ACCUCCUGUGGUGAAUGGCGGAUGUUGACGGAUUCACAACGGUCUCUCCAUAUCUCUCUCCCUGAGUUGAAUCUUCCUUUCUUUAUUAUCCUUUUGUUUUUCGUAUUGUAUGUGAGGAUUCUCCUUCUCACCACCUUCCUAUAAACGCUGUUUUGACUCGGCUUGCAGCGCCCACAUCCAUCUGAAAUCUCCUCUUCUUGUUCGCAUUUGUUUCUUCGUCUAUUUCUUCUGGUUGGCUAAAGUCUUCAGUUAUAAUGAAUUGGAAAUCACGACACCCAUUUGGAAAUUCUACGUCCUCUGCCUUCUUUUGAUGUUUUGUUUAUCAUUUCCGUCAUUUGAUCAACUACCCACUUCGUAACUUCUUUUAUUUCUCCUUCUCUUCGUGGUUUCUUCUUGUCUUCUGCUAUUUCUUCUUCUUUUCAUAUUUCUUCUGCCAUUUUCGUCAAAUUAAACUUCUUCUCGCUUCGCCAGUUUCUCUACCUUUGUCUAUAAUGAUGCUAUAAAAUCUGUUCGCAGUUACUUCUUGGUUAAGGUUACAGGAGUCUUAUUUGACUCUCAAUUCUUGCCACUCUUCGGAUUCGCUGGUUUCUUGCCCACUUUAUUGAUUUUCUUGCGUUAGCACCAUCGCCACCAUGUCAAGAACUGGGCAACGUUAUGCCAAUUCUGCAAAUCGCGCGAGUAACCCGUUUGAUUCUGACUCCGACGAUGACAUAAGGCCCCCGCCGAGGCCCACAAGACGGUCGUCCGAGCCCGUUCUCCCGGCCAUCUCCAGCAACCCCUUUGAUGACGACCAUGACAAGGCAGGGCCUGGAAAAACCGGUUCCGGAAACCCAUUCAGCGAUGGUGAAGGCGUUUCUGAAAGUCAGCAACAGUCGAAGGGCGGCAAUAGUCGUUACAGGAUCAUGGGUGGCGGAUUCGUCGCCCAGGUGAAGGAGAAGGCCGCCUCCAUCGGCGGGUCUGCCAUGUGGACGGUCGGGAAAUCGAAGGAAGACGGGGCUGCGCAAGCUCAGACGCUAAAGCCCAAGAGUACGGCAGAAGAGCAGAAGCAGAGGGAUGAAUUGUUCACGUCUCAAGCACAGGUGGAAGAUUCCACUUCAAAUUCUCGUUUUUCGGUGCCGCGGGCGGCGAGAGAUCGCUACAAGAACGACUUCCGCGAUGAGGGUGGGUUUGAGAACCAGUCGGUCCAGGAGCUGGAGAAUUAUGCGGUCUAUAAGUCGGAGGAGACGACGGAUGCCGUGAACAACUGCCUGAAAAUUGCAGAGGAUAUAAGGGAAGACGGGACGAGGACGAUGAUCAUGCUUCAUCAGCAAGGAGAGCAGAUUGAAAGGACACAUAUGCAGGCAGUGGGCGUAGAUCAAGAACUUAGCAGGGGGGAGAAGCUGCUGGGUAGUCUCGGUGGGAUCUUCUCAAAAACCUGGAAGCCAAAGAAAACUCGACAAAUUACUGGUCCAGUGAUUACAAAAGGCGACUCCUUCAAAAGAAGAGCAGCACACACAGAACAGAGGGAGCGGUUGGGAAUAGCUCGUGGUCCCAAGGACAAAUCUGGGACUCGAGAGCAUCCUUCUGCAUCAACUGCUCAGGAAAGAAUCCAGUUGGAAAAAGAAAAGCAAGAUGACGCCCUUUCUGAUUUGAGCAACUUGCUGGGUGACCUGAAGGUUAUGGCAGUUGACAUGGGAUCUGAGAUAGAAAGACAAAACAAAGCAUUGGAUCACCUCCAUGAUGAUGUGGAAGAGUUGAACUAUAGAGUGAAAGGUGCUAAUGAACGUGGCCGCCGUUUGCUAGGGAAGUAACCCUUUUUCAGCAGUGGGAGACCAGCUCUUGUCAAUAUAACAAUCCAACUCUGGUGUACUUCAUGCUGUUCAUAUAAUACUUUUUCCUCUCCCAUUUAUGUAACAGUUAAGACAAACUUCAUAUACUUCACUUUUUAGAUCGGCUUGUUGAUAUCUGUAAGAGUGAAUUUCUGCAAUGAGAAUUGAUGAUCUCAAGCCACUGAUUACUGAAACAUUGGACACAGUUAUGAUCAAUAACCAUUAUAAUAUAUUUGGAAAGCAA